UAUGGUGGGCGAUGCAGCACUCCAACGGCCCAAAUAAUUUCUGCCCUCCGUGACUCAGACGAACAACGACAGGUCAAGAAGAGCCCAGCUCACCAUUUCCUCUUGGCUCCUCACAACCCAAAAUCCUCCGACAUGACGACUUCAAGCUCCGCUCCCUCGGGGGAUCUCACCUCCCAGAUCCUUCAGGCCCUGUCGGAAAAGAGCCCCUUGCUCUCCUCAGAGGCCUUCCCCGCCAUCGCCUUCCAGGACAUCAAGGCUGCACUUGAUCGUCUGGCUUCACGAUCUAUGAUCACGUACGAGACAAUUGACAAGGAAGAGGCUAUCCUUGAGCCCGAAGCGGAGCAAAUUGCCGAGCAUGGUAGUCAUGAGGCGCGUGUUUUUGAGGCGCUUCGAAAUGCCGUGGAGGGGUUGUCGAUCCAGGACCUAGAGAAGGCCAUUGGCGACAAGACGGUGACCAAGGUCGGACAGGGCAAGGCUUUCAAGGAGAAAUGGAUUAAGAAGAGCGCCGACGGCAAGCUGGUAGCCACUGCUGAGUCGAUCGAAGAUGUCACCCAAGCGCAGCUACAGAAGAUCAAGGAGACCCGGACACACGAGCCCAAAAUCUUGACCGAUCUGCGAAAACGAAAGCUGAUCAAGAUGCAAAAGGUUAUCAGCUUCAAGAUUGAAAAGGGACCCAAGUUCGCCCUCGAGAUUCAGAAGGAGGAGACCGACUUGACAGCCGACAUGAUUGCUUCUGGAUCAUGGAAGACUGCCAAUUUCAAGCCCUACAACUUCAAGGCUCUCGGCGCGGACCAAAAUGCUGGCGCACUUCACCCCCUGAACAAGGUCCGACACGAAUUCCGACAGAUUUUCUUCGAGAUGGGUUUCGAGGAGAUGCCUACCAACAAGUUUGUCGAGACUGGAUUCUGGAACUUCGACGCCCUCUUCGUGCCCCAGCAGCACCCCGCCCGUGAUCUUCAAGAUACCUUCUACAUCUCAGACCCCAAGGUGGGAGACGCGCCACGAUCGGAGGAAGGACAGAACACAGAAGAGUACUGGGAGAACAUCAAGCAGGUUCACCAGAACGGCAAGUUUGGGUCAAUCGGUUACAGAUACCCCUGGUCAGCGGAGGAGACCAAGAGACUGGUGCUCCGAACCCACACUACUGCCAUUUCAACGGCCAUGCUUUACAAGCUAGCAGCGCAGAAGGGGCCUGAUGGACGCCCACCUCCAGCGCGAUACUUCUCUAUUGAUCGUGUCUUCCGAAAUGAGACAGUUGACGCAACCCAUUUGGCCGAAUUCCACCAGGUUGAGGGUGUUAUCGCCGACUACGGUCUCACUCUUGGUGGUUUGAUGGAGUUCAUGGAAGUCUUCUUUGCCAAGAUGGGCAUCACCAACCUCAAGUUCAAGCCCGCCUACAACCCUUACACCGAGCCCAGUAUGGAAAUCUUCAGCUAUCACGAGGGUCUGGGCAAGUUGGUGGAGAUCGGAAACAGUGGCAUGUUCCGACCUGAAAUGCUGGAACCCAUGGGCCUGCCAAAGGACAUGCGGGUGUUUGGCUGGGGUCUGUCCCUGGAGCGACCGACCAUGAUCAAGUACAAGAUCUCUAACAUCCGAGAGCUGCUGGGCCACAAGGUUGAUCUCAACUUUAUCGAACGGAACCCUGCGGUGAGAUUAGAGAAGGAGUAAAAGUUUUUUAUGGAUCUGUACUAGGUAAAAAUAAGAACAAAGGAAAGAUACGUAUGAUGCGUGUUGGGUGUUAGAGGGCGGCAUCUAGAGGACCCGGUGCAGCUGGUAGUAUCAUGACUAGACGAAAUAAGAAACAAAUUAGAAAACCCGUUCAAGCAUACGUCUGGAUCUGGGAUUAGGGGUCCCCUGACGAGAU